ACGUGUUCCUGGCGCAGUCUUAUAAUAGCAUCUGGCGGAUACAGAACGGUGUGGAGCAUGCGUCGUGUCACGGUGGGUGUGAGGUCUUAUUGCAAGGACGACAGCUGAAGCGACCGAAAAAAACGCGUUAGUGAAAAUAGCUGGUACAUGCAAUUUUAAGCGCGAACGCUCUGCUCGUUGCUAUUUACUGGAGGAAGGGAGUUUUGGAGUUAUAAAGCCUCUUCUUGCGCUACCAAAGGAAAGUGCUAUGUAUCAAAACUGAAUACACUGAAUACAAUUUCCACUAGGUUACAUCAUGCCCCUAUUCAUGCAUCUCUAUUUCUGCAUGAUUUUGUCUAAACGAAAUGAACAGUCGGAACCCAAGGAAGUACCUUCAAUUGGAAGUUGAGUCUAGUAGGAGACAGAAGGCCAAAUGUAGCGAAACAGCCCUCCUCCUCCCAAGGGAGCUGGCUGUAUACAGACAAUCAAUUUUUUUUAUCUUAACUGAUAUCUCUUGUUACAGAACCUGCUCUGCUUAAGAUUGGGAAUUCUGUGACACUCUCCGUGGAUGAGAAUUCUAAGAAGUUAUUCCGAUACAAAGCAAAAGACCUUGAAAAGAUCUCCAUUCUAGAUAUUGUACCAGAAGAAGGGCAAGUUGAUGUGACGAUGUCUUUUCGAGAUAAGAACCCACGUAAACUGGAGCAUGAAGCUUGCGCGUCGAAUUCAACCAAUAGAGAUCCUGGAAAGGAGACAGUCGAAUUGGAAGAAAUUGUAAGUGAUACAUUUUGCGAAUUAAGUCCCCAGGGUAAGAGAAUCAAGUUCAAGGGUGAGAGAAUUAAGUCCUCAGGUUGAGAUAAUUAAGUCCUCAGGGUGAGAGAAUUCAGUCCUCAGGGUGAGAGAAUUCAGUCCUCAGGGUGAGAGAAUUCAGUCCUCAGGGUGAGAGAAUUCAGUCCUCAGGGUGAGAGAAUUCAGUCCUCAGGGUGAGAGAAUUCAGUCCUCAGGGUGAGAGAAUUCAGUCCUCAGGGUGAGAGAAUCAAGUUCAAGGGUGAGAAAAUCAAGUCCCCAGGGUAAGAGAAUCAAGUCCCCAAGGUAAGAGAAUCAAGUCCAGGAAUGAGAGAAUCAAGUCCCAGGGUAAGAGAAUCAAGUCCCCAAGGUAAGAGAAUCAAGUCCCCAAGGUGUAAGGGAAUUCAGUCCAAGGGUGAGAGAAUUACGUCCCCAAGGUAAGAGAAUCAAGUCCACAAAUUGUAAGAGAAUUCAGUCCCCAAGGUAAGAGAAUCAAGUCCCAAAGGUGAAAAAGAAUCCAAUUCCCAGGGUGAGAGAAUCAAGUCCCCAGGUUAAAAGAAUUAAGUCCCCUGGGUGAGAGAAUCAGUCAUCAGAAUAAGAGAGCCGAGUCCCCAGAAUAAGGGAGUCGAGUCCCUAGAAUAAGAGAGUCGAGUCCCCAAAGUAAAAGAAUCAAGUCCCCAGGGUAAAGGAAAAUCUUAUAAUUGUAAAAUCCCCAGCAGCUUGAGACUAGAAUACAGUCAACACUCAUUAUGACGGUCCCUAAGAUUCCUUCUACGAUACCGCUCAAAUUUUGGACUGCUAAAAAAAAAACGCACCGGAAAUGAUGUUUACGCGGAAACUUUCGAGUUUUUUUCACUACUCAUGCUCGACCGCCACCGUGUAAGCGGGCAUAUAUAUAACGGUCUCUAGGGAAUCCACCGAUAAGGGGAUAACUUUUUACACAUUUUCAUUAAGGUGUUCGUGAGGCUUAUUAAAUAGUCAUUAUCGUAUAGUGGUGAUAUGCUUUCCGUAAAUGAACACAGCUAUUCAACAUAAUGCAACUUGUUCGCCACUCUGCUGUUGUCGUUGCCAUUAUAACGAGCAGCAACAGCCAAUAGUGGCAUAAUCGUCGUCAUCAUUUACAUAAACAUUUACUUAUAUUAUCAUCAAUAUAGCAUCAUCAUUAUCAUUAUAUCCCUCUCCAAUUACACCUCAUCCUGAUAUAAUUAUUUCUUCCAGGCGGAGUUCAUAUUGUUAGGGUUGGAUAUUUCGGCAACGCCACUGUCGCAAUCAUCAAGUUAUGCAAUACUUCUGACGUCUUCCUUAGCGUUGACGGCCUGUGCGCUAAUAAUGUUUUCACCAUGUCACUUGUGAAUCUGUCCGACUCCGUCCGGAACCUGACAUACCUCCUCAUGCUUUACAACAUGGAGCCUGCGAUGGAACCAUAUAUAUUCCUACCAGAAAAUGAGACGUUUACAUUUCCAUUGAACACCGAGGUCUAUGUUGGCUCAGCAUUGGAAGUAACUAGGCCGCUACCGUAGCAGCGUAUGCCACUGUCACAGCUGCUGGGAAUUCAUUUGAAUAAAAGGGUCGAGAAAACUAAAGAAAAAGAAAAAGAAAAAGCAGCUCGAAAAAGAUAUUGAUACCGUUGAAAAAGAACCUGGCACAGAGGGCUCAGCUAGCUCAUCUACAUCUAAUAAAUAAGGAAAACAGAAAUUUUCCAGACAAACAAGUGUUGUGAAUUCCAUGAUUGAUGCAAUCAAAAGAAAAACAAGUACAACUAUUGAGUUAUUCCCAAACCGGAAAAUCUCAACAACUGUUUCCUUCACUCUUGAGGGGAUGGAGGUUCAAGGUUCAGGGUUCGCCAACAAAGGUUUCGAGGGAGGAGACGGAGUGGAGACUACUAACAAUAGAACGUUGGCCUCCAAGAACGGAAAACCAGCAAUGGGUGAUCAAGGACUUAGUGGUAUCCCUGAGGUAGAGACGAGUGUUUGCAAUGCUAAGAAGACGCCUAUUCUAGGCAUUCUCAAAAACAAUGAUUUGCCCGGGAUAACUGAAGAAUCUGCAGGUAGAGGAAAAAAUGAUCUGAACCAGAAUCGAAAAGCGUCAAUGUCUGGUAAAGCAGAUAAUUCCAGGAAAACUUCUUCAGGCGGGCCUGUCGGUAAUGAAAAUACAGUUGACAAAGGUAAAACAAAGAUUAAAAGCAAGCAACAAGGUUGGUUUGUUAACUCUACCGAUGAUUCUACAGGGGGAAUAAUAGUUAAAGAUAGUACCCCGAGAAAGGCGAGCAUACCAGGCAAGCAGAAGUCUGCGGGUGAUGAGGUCUCUACCAAUGUGAGAAACAUCAGUGUUAACGGUAGCAAUAGAUCAACAGCGAAUGAAAAGACUUCAAAUGGAACAUCAAACACAAAUUCAGGAAGUUUGUCUGAAAAAAUUGAAGACUCUAAAACCAAAAAAGGAGAUAUCUCACAAAUUUGUUCGUCAGGGAAAACAUCAAAAGACGAUGGCAAGAAGUCGUCAACUUCUAGCAGCGGAUCAGGGAAUAUUGUCAAGGCUAAAGGGAGAGUCAGAAAAACAGGAUUCUCAAAUCUUAUGAAUACAGGACUACCACAACAUUAAAUUCAGCAAAGCUGUCAGCAAACAACUCGUCUAGUGAAAUGAAUAAUACGGCCGCUGGAGGUAUGAGUGAGAACGCUAAUCAUAAGGUAAAAGAAAUUGCUCAUAAUGAAGAACGUUUGACCAAAUCACAGAGCAGUGCAUCGCUGGCUGCAUAAAACGAGUCUCCUAAGGAGAAGAACACGUUGUGCUUUGGGAUACCUAUCCCUGGAGCUUUAAAAAAUAUUGGCGGUGAGAAGGAUGAGGAUGUGAAGAGAAAAAGAAAGAAGUUGCGAAUCACGAAAUAUAAAAUGCUAUCAUUUAUGAUACCUUGUUUUACUGCUUGUCUGCCUGCCAAAGACGGUAAUAAGGAUAGCGAGAUUGGAUAAUGUACCAAAACGAAUUGGUGAGUUCUACGGGAGACAUCAAGAGAUUUCAUCUUUUACCAGAACUACGAACCGGUCUUUUCUUUUCUCUUUGUUCAGUGGAUUUUACGCACAUUACGCAUUUUCCAUAUCCGCGUUUUUGAUUCUCUACUUCCGUUAAUUAACAGGCUGUGUAUUUUCCCAGAAUGUAGUAGAGGGAAAUAACUCUACUUGGCCUUGAGCCGCCGCAGAACAUCUACGUCUUCGCACCCUUUCCCCAUUUUCUCCUUAUAAAAUUCCUGAACAAGCCCCUGUUUAUUUUUUUUUUUAUUAAUGUCGCUUUACGCGUGAAAAGGAAAUGCCCGCUUUGCAACGCAAUGAAUACACUAGGCACGACUAUGGCAGAAUAUGGGGGGAGACAGACCGAUCGAAAGCGAGUUAGCGUGACGUGACGACUAUCGCGUGACGUAGCAACUGUAGUGUAAGCAUAUGACCUUUAGGCCUCACUCAUAUCCCCUACACUCCGCGUGAAGGAUCGGACGAGAGUAUUGGCUGGUCCACACACGCACAAGCACACCUUAUAGCAAACAAACCCCGCUUGGGGAAGUCGUCAGACAGAACUAACCGCAGACUCUCGGAGAUACUCCUCGGUUUAUUUCAAUAACAAAGCAAUGAUUAAGUUAAUACUUGUUUACAGUUGAUCGCCAAGCUAACACUGCCUGUACACACAAAGAAACCUGUCAGUAAAAGGGAGGGAAGGUGCGCAAAUGUUUCUUUACAGUACUCGUAGCUUAUGAAGCGAAAGAGCGAAUGACUUUACUUUAGGUGUGGCGCUUUAUAUAGGUAGAUAGCGACCAAUAAGAAUUAAGAACGUGUAUAGUAAGGUAUCUCACGUGAAACAUAUUGAGUAAUACCUGUGCUAUCGUAGCA